CAAUUCUAUGGCUUAAUUCACUACAACAAAAACCAUUGUCACUCCCUACUCUCAUUUUACAGAACAUCCACCCUUCUGACAAGUUGAUCGCAUCCCGGUGCUUUUCCACCGGCGAUCACCCACCGCGGGAUCUCCCUCAUAACCACCAACCACGACAACGACCACCAUGGCGUCGCAAGGGUUUGGCUCGCGCUCAUUCGCCUCCACAAGGCUACCUGACCGGUCUAUGAACGCCAAUCCAACCCCCUUCGCCGCGUCCACCUUCUCCCGUCAACGACUAGGGGCUCCAGGAUCAGGCGACCAAGGAGCCGACGCAGCGAGAUCCUCGCAACAGGCGCCACAGCCACCAGUCCAUUCGCAGACCCACGGCCCUUCACAGGACUCGAAUCCUCUGAGUCGAUUAACUGAGGAACAACGGGAAGAGAUCAAUGAAGCUUUCACCCUCUUCGACCUCGACCGCGACCAACAUCUAGACUACCAUGAACUCCGCGUCGCUUUCCGCGCCUUAGGCUUUACUCUCCCUAAGCAAGAACUCAUCUCCCUUCUCACGACUUAUGGCGUACCCCGUCCCCAAGUCCAGCAGCAAUCCUCAGCCCAACAACAACAACAACAGGCCAAGACCGCUCCCGCCACGAAUCCCCAGCACCCAUCCAAUUUGCUCAUGCCCCUCUCUGCCUUUCAGGCCGUCACGGCGCUGAAGAUCCUGGAGCGCGACCCCCGGGAUGAGAUUCUGCGAGCGUUCGAGCUCUUCGAUGAGGGCGGCAAGGGGUACAUCGAUCUGGAAGAUCUGAGGCGGGUUGCGCGGGAGUUGGGCGAAACAGGCCUCGAGGAAGAGGAACUCAGGGCUAUGAUUGAGGAGUUUGAUCUGGAGGGUGUGGGUGGUGUCACCCGGGAGGCGUUUGUGAGUAUAUGUUGGCAGUGAUUACGUUUCUCUUUCUCCUUUCCUUUCCUUUUCUUUUUUUGUCCCUUCUCUUUUUGUUUAUGGUGUAAAUUGUUUUUUGGCUGU